AUGGCAAAUGUCACAGCCUUGACCGACCCAGCCCCGGAUUGGCUUAAUAAGGGUGAUCAAGCAUGGCAGUUGACAGCGGGUACAUUGGUUGCACUCCAAUCCAUCCCGGGACUUGCCAUUCUCUAUGCUGGCUUCGUGAAGAAAAAAUGGGCCAUCAACUCUGCCUUUAUGGUAUUCUAUGCAUUCUCCGCCACGCUUGUAUGCUGGGUGAUAUGGGCGUAUAAAAUGGCGUUUGGUGAGCAGUGGGGAAGUUUUCCCUUGCUUGGAACGCCUGGGCCCGUUUUGACCAUGGAACAAAACCUGGCCCAAGCGACUUUACCCGCUGCUGGUAUCACUACCAAUUACAAUCUAUCGACGAUGAUUUAUUUCCAGUUCGUUUUUGCCGCGAUUACGGUUAUUAUCUUAGGUGGAUCCCUGCUCGGUCGGAUCAAUCUUCUGGCUUGGAUGGCGUUUGUGCCUUUGUGGAUCACGUUUAGUUAUACCGUUGGGGCAUUCAGUCUCUGGGGAGGAGGUUUUCUCUCUCAAAUGGGUGUCCUAGAUUAUUCUGGUGGAUAUGUUAUUCAUCUUAGUUCGGGCACUGCAGGAUUUACAGCGGCGUAUUGGCUCGGUCCUCGCUUGAAACGCGACAGGGACUCCUUCUAUCCAAACAAUGUUCUUCUCAUGUUGGUUGGCGCGGGUAUUCUUUGGGUCUGCUGGAAUGGGUUCAACGGAGGUGACCCAUAUGCUGCAAGCCCUGAUGCAGGCGUUGCCGUUCUAAACACAAAUAUCUGUACAGCCAUGAGUCUCCUUGUGUGGACGACUCUUGACUUUGUCUUUUUCAAAAAGCCGUCCGUUAUUGGUGCCGUUCAAGGAGAGAUCACGGGCCUUGUUGCAAUUACACCUGCUGCCGGCUUCGUCACUGGCUGGGGUGCUAUCAUCAUUGGAGCCUGCUCAGGCUCGAUCCCGUGGAUAUCGAUGAAUGUUCUCGGCCGGAUGGAAUGGAUGAAGAAAGUUGACGACGUCAUGGGCGUGGUUCAUACUCAUAUGGUUGCCGGUUUCCUCGGAGGCUUUCUCACAGGUAUUUUCGCCACAAUCGAUGGCUGCGCUGCAUUCGGUCUCAAAAAUCCCGGAGGUGCAAUUGAAGGUAAUGGAAAGCAAGUCUGGUUGCAGAUCGUGGGCGCAUUGUUCAUCAUCGGCCUGAACUUAUUCAUGACCUCGCUUAUUUGCGUGUUCAUCAAGUUUGUCUUGCGCAUUCCAUUGCGACUGAACGAGCAAAAGCUUAUGGUUGGCGAUGAUGCGGUUCAUGGUGAAGAGGCUUACGCGUUGUUUUUCGAGGGUGAAAGGAGUCACAUCAGUCUCCACGCGACAGGAUAUGAUAGUGGUCACAUUAUCGAUACCCAUCAUCUGGGAAACCAUCAUGAGAGUGGCCAAUCAAGCCCCCCAACCCCUGGCGCUUCAAAGAAGUCUUGA